AUGCCACCGCCGCAGCAUCAGCAGUUGGAGGAGGUGAUGGGCCACGGCGAUCCCAUGCUAGUGGCGAUGCGCAACAAUUACCGCCAGAGGAUAUUGGAGCAUGCAGAAAGGGUGGUAACUGCGAGAUUACAUAAAGGAUUGAGGGUACCUGCUGACUGGCAGCGGGGGCUGCCGGAGCUUGCUAGGCGGGUCGAGAAAGUCUUGUUUGAGAAACACCCAAACAAGGUGUGCCAUCUCUUGACUAGGAAGAGGGAGUACUACAACAUGACGAAUGAACCAAUUCAUCCACAUUUCGAGUUUGCUGUCACGACCUCGCUUGCUCAGACUGAGAGGCAGAGAGCAUCUUCCACUGCCUAUGCUCGUGUCACCCAAGGGGAUACCACCAACGAGCUUGUGAGCACAGUACUAUCUCUGGGGAUGAACUCUAGUGAUGACCACUCGCAAGUGUCGAACAGCAUCUUGGCAAACCGUGCACCUGCUAAUAAGGAGGUCUCAAAGGAACCAAAGUUCACCUGUCCAUUCUGCUUUGACGAGCUGGUCGAUGCGACGAUGCGUCAUCGACUAUCUGCGGCCACAUCUUCUGCGACAAGUGCAUCAAGUUCUCCGUCCAGGCUCAGAACAGGUGCCCUACCUGCUGGAGGGGCCUCACCAUGA